AUGCCAUAUUCGAUCAACACGGAUAAUGCAAGCAAUAUUGCAGCAGCAGCAGCAGCAACAACAACAACAACAACAACACCAGUGGCCGCGGUAUCAGAUCAUUAUCUUCCUCAAGAUUUGUCACUCCCUGAUUAUGUUCCCUUGAAGCGUUCGUUGCAUCGUGAAUUUCUCAAUAUUUUUUCAUCGAACAUCGCAACCGAUCCAAUCAAACCUGCAUUGAAACAACACCAGGAAGUUACAAAUAAUUACUUGCAACACAUCUUAUCCAAUGAAGCACUCGAAUUUGACAUUGACUCUCUUAGAAAUUAUUUGAAUGGAUACAAAAAUUUAUUUUACGCGUUUUCACGACAAGAGCGAUUUUCAAAGUUGACUCAAGAGCCGGAAAUGGUUGCAGUUACCGAGCGAGACGAAGGCGAUGUUGACUUGAACUCCCUAGAUGAAUUCCAUAUGAUGCAAGGCAAAAGUUUUGUGGAUCAAAUUAAACAACAUGUAGAGCGGGCGAACGAAGUUACUAACACUACUGGUUCUGACCGGCUUUUGAGAAAAGAUAAGUUUUACCAAUUACUUAAGAACAUUAUUUUCGUUAUUGAGAACCCUGAAGAACCUAUCCCCGAUGAUAUUGAACACUUUCGAGUCCAUGAAAAUGACAUUGGAAAUGAAGAUGCUGGGGAUAUUGAUAGCGAUGGUGAUAAUGACGAAUUGAAUGUCUCUGGUGGUAAGAUAUCUUUAAAGGAUCCAAUGACGAUGAAUUUUUUUGUCAAACCUAAAAAAUCAACUAGAUGCGGACACACUUAUGAGGAAAGUAGUAUAUUAGAACUUUUUCGAAGUGGACAAAAAAAUUGCCCAAUUUCGGGAUGCAAACAGCAAGUUGACUUGGAAUGCUUAGAGGAUGAUGUAUUAAUGCUUAUAAGGGUUCGAACAGCAUUGAGGUCUGAUAAAACUGCCAAAAAAGAUUUAGAUUUGGUUGCAUGA